CCCCACUUUAUCAAAUACGGAAUUUAAAAUUCCGUAUUCUCCCUAUUGAAUACGAAACUUAAAAUUCCGUACUGUAUUUAAGCAUGCGUGUCACAUUUUCAACCACUCAUUAUAUACUAAAACAGAUACGGAAUUUUAUUUUCCGUAUUGAUACGGAACUUUAAAUUCCGUAUUUAAUAAAAUGGGGUGCAAAGCCUAAGGGGUGGGGCACCAAACUCAAUUCCCCAAUCAAAGCGAGGGUUGCGGAAGAGUAGUAACUCUCUCACUCUCACAAUAUCACAACGCUCUACUACACAGUUUGGUAAGAAGGGUAAUGCAUUAAAAGCCCACCGUUUUGAAUUUUCACCAACGUCGUUUCAGAAGGUGGUGGUUAUUACUACAUAUAACCGCAAUCUCGCUACCGUUUCCUAUCAGAAUUUCCCUCUUUUCUCUCCUCUCUCCGGCGAAGAAGAUGGAAAGGUCUGGUUGUACGGACGAGUAUGAAAAACUCGUGAUUCGCAUGAGCACACCCAGGGUUGUGAUUGACAAUUCUGUGUGUUCCGGUGAAACAAUAGUCAAGUUUGAUAGCGCUAGGAAUCAUGGGAUUCUUUUGGAAGCAGUACAAGUGCUUACUGAUCUUAACCUUUCGAUUAAGAAGGCAUAUGUUUCCUCUGAUGGAAGGUGGUUCAUGGAUGUUUUCCAUGUAACGGAUCAAAAUGGGAACAAGCUAACAGAUGAGAGCGUUUUAAGAUAUAUUGAACAGUCACUUGGUGGCAUUCACGAUGGGAUAACCAUUCAUAAAAAUGGUUUCACUGCUCUCGAAUUAACGGGCACAGACCGUGUUGGUCUUCUCUCGGAGGUGUUUGCUGUUCUUGCUGACUUGCAAUGCAAUGUGGUGGAUGCUAAGGUUUGGACACACAAUGGCCGGAUCGCCUCCCUAAUUCAUGUGAAAGACUGCAAUUCCGGGACCCCAAUUGAGGAGGAUCCUCAGAAAAUUAAUAAGCUUGAAGCACGUUUAAGAAAUGUUUUGAAGGGAGACAAUGACAUAAGGGGUGCGAAAACUUCCAUCUUUAAUGCUGUCAUCCACCCUGAUAGAAGGCUCCACCAAAUGAUGUUUGCUGAUCGUGAUUACCAGUGGAAACCCAUAUUCAAGGGUGCUUCUGGUACCUCAUUAGUGGCCGUCCAAAAUUGGGCAGAAAGGGGUUAUUCGGUUGUUUAUGUUCAGUGCAAGGAUCGAACUAAGCUUUUGUUUGAUGUUGUGUGCAAUUUGACAGACAUGGAAUAUGUUGUGUUCCAUGCCACUAUCAAUACAACAAGUGACCAAGCAUACCAGGAGUUUUAUAUUAGACAUAAGGAUGGCACCCCAAUUAGUUCAGAACCGGAGCGUCAACGUGUAAUUCAAUGCUUGCAAGCUGCGGUGGAAAGAAGGGCUUCUGAGGGUGUUAAGCUAGAGUUGUGCACGGAAGACAGGCCGGGGCUUCUAGCUGAGGUGAUGAGAACUUUCCGAGAGAAUGGGUUGAAUGUGACAAGGGCUGAGAUAUCUACCACAGGGGACAAAGCUGCAAAUGUUUUCUAUGUGACAGAUGCAAUAGGAUACACACCUGACCCAAAAAUCAUAGAAUCUGUGAGGCAGAAAAUUGGUUUAAGCAAUUUGAAAGUGAAAGAGUUGCCAUUUGUGUGUCAUGAGAAGGUUGAGAGGGAAGAUCAAUCAGUUGGAGUUGGUGGGGCAGUGUUGUUGUGCCUGGGGAGCCUCGUCAGAAGGAACCUGUACAAUUUGGGUUUGAUCAAAUCAUUUUCUUAAAGCAGAAAAGGUGGGGAAGAGAGGGAAUUUUGGAGUGUGGGAGAUACUUUCAACUUUUAAUAGGCAUAAUAUUCUUUGCUUCAGGUUUGGACUUUGUGUACAUAAGAAGAAAAAGGUGGAAUUUGGUGAUAGUUGAAUUUUCACUUGGUUGUGUUGGAUUUGGUAGGUGAAAACUAACUACAUAUACAGCUGGAGGGAUGGGGCCUCUACCAUUUUAAAUGCUUUGCGUGAAGAAAGGAAGAGAGUGGGGAUUGCAUAAGUGGUUGUUGUCCUUGGUCGUGAGGUUGUGAAAUUGAAAAAUAUAUUCUUUGGUAGAUCAGGAAGUUUAGGUAGAGGCAGAACAGAUUGGGUUCAUAUUCACUAAUAUGUGUACAUAACGACGUUUCAUUUAUUAUUAUUAUUAUUUUUUUUGUCAAUAUGCAUUGAGGAAUUUGGGAUGAUCUUUCACUGGAUACGCAGUGGGCCUA